AUGCACUGCCCUCAAGCAUGCCUUUGGCGCUGGGUUCUGAUUCUUCUGCUUCCGCAUGCCCACCAUGCGGGAGCUCCCACCAACCUGGAGAACCGUGCCUACAAAUAUCGCACAUACCGCCAGACCAACCAGUUCUUCAAAGACCUCCGUCGGCAGUAUCCCGACCUAGUAGAGAUCUGGUUUGCGCAGGACCUGUUCCCAGAGAUUCUGCCGCAGAAAAAAUCCUGGGGAAUUUGUGAGGGCGAGGCCUGCAAAACACUUAUUGUUCGCAUCGCCAACAAGAAGUUGCUCUCCGACUCCACACCCGAGGUGUUCUUCAGUGGAGCCCUACAUGGAGAUGAAAGGAUUGGGCCGGCGACUGUCAAUGAGCUAGCAGCUUUCCUUUGUGAGCAGUAUGCCGCAAGCCACCCCGAGGUUGUGCGAUUGGUUGACGGGCGCGCAACGUGGUUGAUGCCCAUGACAAACGCGCAUGGAUAUGCGAAUUACAGAAGGGAGGAGAACAGCAUGGAUCCGAAUCGUGAUUUCCCUUAUUUGCAAGAUCCCACACGAUGCAUGCAGACACAGACAGCUCGGGCUGUCAAUGAGCUGUUUCGCCGACAUCUCUUCCAGUUCUGCAUAACCUUCCACGGUGGCAUGCGGGCCCUCACCUACGAAUGGGGGUCGAAGAACCACUUGCAAAGAAUGAAGUCGACAGAGUCCCCAGAUGAGACAGCCUUCAGAGAGGUGGGUCAGUCCAUCCAAGCGGCUGCGGGAAAGACCUCCCGGAACCAAUGGUUUUACCCACUAGGUCGGAUCAAUGAUUUGGUAUACCCUGUCGAUGGGGGCAUGGAGGAUUGGUCCUAUGCGGCCGGUUUUGAGCGGUCUCCACGACCCAUAACUGUGUGCAAGCCAACCACAUAUGGCGGCUAUCCAGAGGAUCGCACCAGAUAUCGCAAAGACAGCAUCAGCACGUUGAUGUACUUGGCAGAGAUGGAUGAUCGGAAGACAGCACAAGAGGCGACUCUUGGGCACAGUUCCGAGAUUUGGGCACUUGCAUCUUCACAGGGCCACGUGCCACGCAACCUGCGGAUGUGCUUGAAGCUGAUUGAGCUCGCACGCCCAGAAAUAGUGGUGCGACAAUUGCAAGCACCUCCAAAUCCAGGCCCAGGUGCAGCAGUGGCCGUCGAGGUCUUCGGCUUCGGCUGCGAAAAGGUGACAGCGAGGCUGCUGCUGGUACCAAGUGUCCUCAUACCGCGCUGCAAUGUCGGCGGAGACAGCGGCGCAGCUUUGGAGGACAACACCUAUCGAAAGUUGGUGGGGUCCACACAGAUCGCCACAGCCAACUAUAGAUGCCAAGGGCUGACCAUUUGGGGCGCUCAGAGCGCUGCUUUUCGUCUCGAGGGCCGGCUGCCCGAUGUCAGCGGCGAGGUUUGUCUUGUCAUUGCUGCGGAGUUCGACAGCCAAUGGGGCCGUCAGGUACAUCCAGAUCCCUCCGUGAAACCUCGCUCGCACGCAGCCCGCCUUCGCUUGGAGGAGCGAUAUGAAGUCCAGGCAAGCGAUGGGCCAAACAUGAUCCGAGCACGCCGCACAAAGCUCUUUGUCUUUGGCCCGGAGGGUCUCGGAUCUCGUGACUUUGUGAAGCCACGUCCGUUGAGUGCUCGGUCUUCUGGAUUGCUUUCAUUUGCUUUCCAAGGCGGUUCAGCAGAUCCCGCUCUUGGUGAAUUCCAUUCCGCAUGUGGUUCAGGCAGAAGAUGCGAAAGAGCUCGAUGUCUGCAAUUGUAA